CAAUCUGUAUCUGAAAAUAAAAGCAUGUGUUUUUAGUUAGAAUCAUGUUAGUGUAGAACUAGACUUGCUAGUCCCGUCUAAAAAAACGAAUAAUUAUAAGAUUACUCUAAAAGUUUAAUAUAUUUAUAAAACCAAAAUGGCAGACGACGAAUGGCAAGAUGAACCGGUUGCUGUGAUGCCCUCGGCACCCAUAUCUUCAGGAUACGACAGCCGUCCGAGAGGAAGUGGCAGAGGCAGAGGACGCAGUAACGAUUCCAACUGGAGAGCACGUGGCCCUCAGACUAGUAGCUACGAUGACCGGCGCGACAAUAGAGACAGAGAUCGUCGGGAUGGCGGCGAUCGACGUAACGGAGAUCGUCGCAAUUUUUCACGGCAAGACGAAGGUAACAGAAAAGUCAUUUCAGUCCCUUCCUCUAAGAUCGGUCGCGUAAUUGGUAAAGGCGGGUCUAAAAUAAAAGAUCUUGAAUUUGAUUCUGAGGCUAAAGUCAAAAUCGGAGAUACUAGCGGCGACGAAACUGAAAUCACGCUGACGGGUACUGAUGAGGCUAUCGCAAAGGUUGAGGACAUGAUUCAAGAUCUUGUCAAAGACUAUAAGCCUGCAGGAUCACGAGAUUUGAACACUAGUAACAGCAGUAAUCAAUCUGGCGAGUUUUUGAAAAAAAAUGAAAAUGGUGUGGAAGUUAUUGACUGGACUAAGUUGAAUUCGUUUUACGAAGAGAGUCAGAAGGAGCGAUGGAGCAAGCUACCGCCUAUUGUCAAAGAUUUCUAUAAGGAAGAUCCUCAAGUAGCUGCAAUGUCCCCUGCUGAAGUUAGUCGUUGGCGUAAAGCAAACCAUGAUAUUCAAGUAAAGAGAACUUUUGAUGACAAACCUGGCUUAAGGCCUAUUCCAAACCCAGUUCUGACCUUUGAACAAGCAUUCCAGCACUACCCUGAGAUUUUGGAGGAAAUAUAUAAGCAGGGCUUUAAGCAACCCUCUCCAAUUCAAAGCCAAGCUUGGCCAGUUCUUCUUAGAGGUGAUGAUUUAAUAGGCAUUGCUCAAACUGGUACUGGCAAGACAUUAGCUUUCCUUCUGCCAGCUCUUAUACAUAUUGAAGGUCAGACUACCCCAAGAGAAGAGCGAGAAGGCCCAUCAGUCCUUAUAUUGGCUCCCACCAGGGAGCUAGCAUUACAGAUUGACAAAGAGGUAUCUAAGUAUCAAUACCGAGGCAUUAAAUCAGUGUGCUUAUAUGGGGGAGGAGAUCGUAAAGAACAAAUCAAAGUAGUGUCCAAAGGUGUAGACAUUGUCAUUGCUACUCCUGGGCGACUGAAUGACUUGAUAAUGGCCAGGCACCUGAACAUCAUAAACUUCUCGUACAUUGUCCUUGAUGAGGCUGACAGAAUGUUAGACAUGGGCUUUGAACCUCAGAUCAGAAAAUCAUUAUUUGAUGUCAGACCUGACCGCCAGACAGUAAUGACCUCAGCCACCUGGCCCACAGGUGUGCGGCGCUUAGCAGAGUCCUAUAUGCAGGACCCUAUCCAGGUUAAUGUGGGUUCACUGGAUCUUGCAGCUGUUCACACAGUUACACAAAAAAUUGUAUUUGUUGAGGAAGAUGAAAAAGAGCAAUAUCUUCUAGAUUUCUUAAACAACAUGGAGCCUACAGACAAGGUGAUUGUAUUCUGUGGUAAGAAGGCAACAGCAAACCACAUUUCUACUGAACUGGCAAUAAGAAAUAUUAGUUGCCAAGCUUUGCAUGGAGACAGAGACCAGAGUGAUCGUGAAGCAGCUUUAGAAGAAAUGGUUGAUGGGACAGUAAACAUUUUAAUUGCCACUGAUGUUGCUUCCAGAGGAAUAGAUAUCAAGGACCUCACUCAUGUUGUUAACUUAGAUUUUCCGCGUCAUAUUGAAGAGUAUGUGCACAGGGUAGGCAGGACUGGUCGGGCAGGAAAGACAGGCAUUUCACUGUCAUUGAUAGCGAGGAAUGAUUGGGCACAUGCAAGGGAAUUGAUAAAAAUUCUUGAGGAAGCUAAUCAGGAAGUUCCUGAUGAAUUGGAGCAAAUGGCACAAAGGUUUGAAGCCAUGAAGUUGCGUCGCGACGCCGAAGGAGGCGGGCGUGGGGGCCGCGGCGGCGGCCGCGGUCGUGGAGGAGGUGGUUAUGGCGGUGGCGGCCGCGGUGGUGGCUACGGCGGCGGCGGUCGCGAUGGUGGUUACGGCGGCGGCGGUCGCGAUGGUGGUUACGGCGGCAGCGGUCGCGAUGGUGGUUACGGCGGCGGCGGUCGCGAUGGUGGUUAUGGCGGAGGUGGCGGUGGAUAUGGAGGGAGAAGGGACAGAUAUUAGUCUCCCUUCUCAAAUUUACGACUGUUACUAAGGGGCCUAAAAUAGUAUAGUAUUUCUUACGGCAUGUUAUGCAAAAGUUUAGACUACUUUCUAAACUUUAGCAUGACAUGCCGUACAUACCGUGUACACACUAAAAUUUGAAAUAAGUCACAAAAUGUUCAGUCUUCCAUGCUAGACUACAAUAAGGUGUUAUGAACUUUCAAGAUCUACUAUCUUAACUUGGCUACUUUUUGAAACAUCUGAUCUACCCACCCCUCUUUAAUAUUACCUAGUUGUAAUUUUUUCCUUGUUUCUAGACUGAAUAUAAGCCAAUGGCUUAAAAUAUUGUCAGUUAGUAAUAUAUAUUGUUUAUUUUUGUUUAUCUCUUAUUGCAAGUCAAUGAAGAUGACUGUGAUCUGACUGUAGAGACUAUUGUAACGAAAAGUGUUUUAGUUUAUAAGGUAUACAUUGGAAUUUGCAUGCAAUUCACGGCAAACUAGAUUGUAAGGUCAACAGAACUGUGAGCAUAAAAAUAACUAAAAUACUUAGGCAAAGCUAAUAUUUGCUAUAAUAUCCUCCUCACGCCUCGAGGUAUAUUGAUUAGUUCCUCAUUCGCCGGAUUCUUGUUUCGCUUAAAUUUUUCAGCUACAGAAAAUCAAACAAUGGAAAUAUUGUGGCUUUACCUGUAUCUAUUAACACAUUCACUGCCAGACAAAAAACAACUUUUACUAUGGGACCAAACACGAAAUCAUGAAAAUAAAACAGCUAUUCUAUAGAAAACAUCGACUCUGAUUCACCGAAAUGUAUGAGACGGCAGAUUUUUUUUCGGGGUUGGCCCAAUACUAAAAGUUGUUCAGUAUGACCUACACCCCUCAGAGUUUGGUCUGAGAUAAUAAAAUCAGCCUUUAUAUUCCUGAUAAAUCCCGACGUUCUGAACUUGUCUUUGCGCUGGUAAACGGGAUUUAUGCGUCUAAGAACAUAAUGACACUUUCGAAAUGUAAAAUCUAAAAGUAUACAAACAAAGCUUAUGUAGCUGAAAUCAAUACAAACUACAUAUUUAAUGUAUAAUGCGUGUAGGUACAGCCUCAUUUUUAUAAUAAUAUUUAUAAUACACGCAAAUAAGAUUUUAAUACCUAAUUUGCUGUGAAAUGCGAAUAUUUACCAAUCCUUGUUUAUAAGUUUAUACAACAUUGUCAGUAAUAAAGGACCAUCUCAAUUUAUGA